CACCGGCGGCGCUGCCAGCAGCGGGCUGCAGCCGCCUCCGCCGCCCGUGACGCGGCCUUCUGGGAGGCGGCUGCGGUGCUGGAGGGGGCGGCGCGGGGCGGGGAGCUGCCGCGGGGGGUGGAGCUGGAGGAGGUGCUAGCGAGUCUGUCCCUCGCCCCCGACCUCGCCGUAGCUCUGGGCUUGGACUGGGCACUCCCCGCCUCCGCCUCCGCCUCCUCCGGUGCUGCUGGGGGCCGAGGUGGGGGUGGCGGGGUGGGUGGAGGCGGUGCUGUCCCCCCCCUCAGCAGUCCGGGGGCGCUGGCGGGCGCUAGCGAGCAGGAGCUGCGGGCGGAGCUGGCGCGGAGGGUGGGCGAGCGGACACAGGAGCGCGUGAUGAGCGGUGACCCAUGGGUCGCGGACCCAUGCGGCAUGGGCCUGCCCGGCUACCGCACCCGCUACUACACCUCCCGCUUCCCGGAGCUGGCUGGGGGAGGGGGUGGGGGAGGGGGUGGGGAUGUGGACCGGGUGGCUGCGCGGGUGGUGCGCGCAUACAUGGAC